UAAGUCUUUGGUAACGCGACUUUUUUUUCCCCCAAAACAACAACUUGAACGUCAGCGCUUAUGGCUAUAUGUAUAGGCUGUUAAUUAUAUUCAGAUUCGUUUCUCACAAUCUGAUUUAUUGAGGCCUGUGUGAUAUUUACAUUGUCAUUAUACACGCCAUCAUGACAGUAAAGGAAUAAAUCGUUGACGGAGGUGGAGGAGGCUGUGGUGCGCUCUGAUACAGGCAUGAACCCCGGAGAACAUGGAACAUUCAUGUUAACUCACUACGGUCUCCCCGUGAUUUCAUGUUGGGGGCGAAUCUUGUGUACGGACACACGAACGGACCAGGACUGAGAGACACCACACACAUCGCUGUAGUGCACCCUGACAGCCAAGCCAACCACACAUUUAAUUUCCUCACACCCACAAUUGGCCGUUGGCUGAGACGGUACAUGGGCGUCCUCGUCUGCUGACACCGACAGCUGCAGAACUGUGUUCAGCACAAUCUCACAAGACAACCCGUUGUGCAUAUGAGACGUUCUGAUCCGGAUGGGAUGUAAUGUUGUGUGGCUGCACAGCUGAGCAUUGGUCUUCUUCUCCGCUGCUUCGUGAAGAUUGGCUUUCGGUGUCCAGAGAAUGGCGCGGUUCGGAGACGAGGUACCGUCCAGGUAUGGCGGAGGCCCCGGUGGAGGGGGCCCAGGUGGCCGCGGUGGUAGUAGGCAAGGAGGCGCUCACGGACACGUACACGGACACGGACAUGGCCACGGACAUGGCCACGGUCCACCCGGUGGGCCCGGGGGCCAGAGAAUGUAUAAGCAGUCGAUGGCGCAGAGAGCCCGGACUAUGGCCCUCUACAACCCCAUCCCCGUGCGGCAGAACUGCUUCACAGUCAACCGCUCGCUGUUCAUCUUCAGCGAGGAUAACUUCGUGAGAAAAUACGCCAAAAAGAUCACCGAAUGGCCUCCAUUUGAGUGGAUGAUUCUCGCCACCAUCAUUGCCAACUGCAUCGUCCUGGCUCUGGAACAACAUUUACCCGAUGGGGACAAGACGCCGCUGUCUGAACGCCUGGAUGAUACAGAGCCGUACUUCAUUGGGAUCUUCUGUUUCGAGUCAGGAAUUAAAAUCCUGGCACUUGGUUUCGCUUUCCAUAAGAAUUCGUACCUAAGGAACGGAUGGAACGUCAUGGACUUUGUGGUGGUACUCACAGGGAUCCUGUCCACUGUGGGUUCAGACUUCGACUUGCGGACCCUCAGGGCGGUGCGUGUAUUGAGGCCCCUCAAACUGGUAUCUGGUAUUCCCAGCUUACAGGUGGUGCUUAAAUCCAUCAUGAAGGCCAUGAUUCCUUUGCUGCAAAUUGGCCUGCUGCUUUUCUUUGCCAUCCUCAUGUUUGCCAUCAUCGGCCUGGAGUUCUACAUGGGCAAAUUCCACACGACCUGCUUUGACAAUCACACAGAUGAAAUCAGAGAGGAGUUUCCAUGUGGGAAGGAACCUCCGUCACGGCUGUGUCCAGAAGGCACCACGUGUAGAAAGUACUGGCUCGGACCAAACUAUGGCAUCACCCAGUUUGACAACAUCCUGUUUGCUAUCCUCACCGUCUUCCAGUGUAUCACCAUGGAGGGCUGGACUGAACUGCUUUACUAUAGCAACGAUGCCUCAGGGAGCGCAUGGAACUGGAUGUAUUUCAUCCCUCUCAUCAUCAUCGGCUCCUUCUUCAUGCUGAACCUGGUGCUGGGUGUCUUGUCCGGGGAGUUUGCCAAAGAGAGGGAGCGCGUCGAGAACAGGAGCGAGUUCCUGAAGCUCAGGCGACAACAGCAGAUUGAACGGGAACUGAAUGGCUACCUCGAGUGGAUCUGCAAAGCUGAAGAGGUCAUCUUGGCGGAUGAUGAGAAUGAAAAUGACUAUGAUGGAUCCCGCAGGAGAGCCACAAAGAACCAUAAGAGCAAAGCCGAGCUUCUAAACCCAGAGGAAGGAGAGAGUGAUCUGGCUGUUGGUUCACCGUUUGCCCGUGCCAGCUUGAAGAGCUCCAAGCUCGAAGGAUCAACUUUCAAGCGGCGGGAGCGACGUCUGCGUUUCUUAAUUCGGCGCAUUGUGAAAUCCCAAGCCUUCUAUUGGACAGUGCUGUGUUUGGUGGGCCUCAACACGAUGUGUGUGGCUGUCGUGCACUAUGACCAGCCGGAUCCGCUUUCAGACUUUCUGUAUUUUGCUGAGUUCACCUUCCUCGGGAUAUUCUUGACUGAGAUGUUUGUAAAGAUGUAUGGACUGGGCCGACAGUCCUACCUCAACUCCUCCUUCAACUGUUUCGACUGCAUUGUGAUUUGUGGCAGUAUAUUUGAAGUGCUGUGGUCCAUCAUCCAGCCAGGCACAUCAUUUGGCAUCAGCGUGCUCCGAGCUCUCAGGUUAUUGAGGAUCUUCAAAGUCACCAAGUAUUGGGCAUCGUUGCGUAACCUUGUUGUGUCUCUGCUCAACUCCAUGAAGUCCAUCAUCAGCCUGCUGUUCCUGCUCUUCCUCUUCAUCGUCGUCUUUGCCCUGCUGGGCAUGCAGCUCUUCGGAGGACAGUUUAAUUUUGAAAGUGGCACUCCUCCAACCAACUUCGAUACAUUCCCUGCAGCAAUAAUGACAGUGUUCCAGAUCCUGACCGGUGAGGACUGGAACAUGGUGAUGUACGACGGCAUCCAGUCUCAGGGCGGAGUCAACAAGGGCAUGGCCUUUUCUGUCUUCUUCAUUGUCCUCACACUUUUUGGCAACUACACUUUGCUAAAUGUGUUCUUGGCUAUCGCUGUGGACAAUCUGGCCAACGCACAGGAACUGACCAAGGAUGAACAGGAGGAGGAGGAGGCUGCCAGUCAGAAGAUUGCCAUGCAGAAAGCCAAGGAGGUGGCUGAAGUCAGCCCCCUGUCUGCCGCCAACCUCUCCAUUGCAGCCAACAAAGUACACAGUGAGUGUCACAACGCUACCGACCCCUUUCUGGACUGUAAGGAGCAACAGAAGAACCACAACAAGGGAAUCAAUAAGUCAGUGUGGGAACAACGCACCAAGGAGCUGAGGAAGCAGACUCUGGUGACCAGCCGCGAGGCCCUGUACAACGAGCUGGACUCCGACGACCGCUGGAAGGCAAGGACAGGGAGGGAGGAGCACAACAAUGUGAACUUUGCUCGGCAAGUCCGUCCAGACAUGAAGACCCACCUGGAUCGACCCUUGGUGGUUGACCCCCACGAGAAUCGCAACAACAACACCAACAAAACCACUGCCAACAAUUCCGACCUCUGCUUCAGCCAGCACCAUCCUGCUAAUGAGCUCCACAGGCAAACGCACCUCCACGAGCACAGUGGAGAAGUAGGAGGUGGAGGUGGGGGGGGCGUGGGCCCGGUCAGGCCUCCCAUGGAGAAGGGGGAGUCCACGGAGAGCAAGCGGAGCCGUAAAAGUGAGCACCACCACCACCACCACUCCUCUCACAUCCGACUGGAUGCCACAGUGAUACCUGGGCCGGGGUCAGAGGAGAGGCCGCCCAGGCGCCAUCAUCAUACUCGCAGCGGCAGUCGAGGGGGAGGGCAAUCAGAGCACAGGAAGCCCAGGUCACAUCGAAAGAUUGCAGAGGAUGGGGAGGAUGGUCGGUGUGGUGGCAAAACGGGGAGACACAAGAGCAAAGGAGUAGAUGGAGGUGGAGAAGGAGGAGAGCAGGAGGGAGCUGGUGAUGGCCGCGAGAGGAGGUCAAGAAGAAAUCGCCAUGGCAACCAAACGGAUGGUGAAGGGAAGAGAAUGUGCCAGAAAAGAAGAAAAGAUUGCAGUGCCCCUAACCUCUCGACCACACGGCCCAUCCAAAAGAGCCUCUCAAGGCAAGACAGCCAGUACAGCGAGGACAUGGACAACCUCAUGAAUACCAAACUGGUCUCUGGCUCUACCCCACUGAGCGAGGGUCACCCCAAUCCAAUUUCUAGUCACACUGUUGUUCCCAGCUAUGGAUCUGCCCUCCACCUUGCCAACAAUGGCACUCACGGGAGUUUGGUCACAUUAGAUAGCUAUGGAAACAUCGGACAUCACCGUGCCAACAGUGUCGUCGGGCUGCCCCACCCUGACUACACAGCUGUAGAUAUGCCAAUUUUUCCCUCCACAAACGCCAUACUGCAGGUCAAUAAAAAUGCCAACACAGAGCCUCUGCCUGCAAAAGAGGAUAAGGAUGACGAUGAUGAUGAGAAGGGAGGUGAAGGAGGACCCAGGCCCAUGCCUCCCUUUAGCUCCAUGUUCAUCCUAUCAACCACCAACCCGUUUCGACGGGCGUGUCACUACAUCUGCACCCUGCGUUAUUUUGAGAUGUGCAUCCUGCUGGUUAUCGCCAUGAGCAGUAUGGCCCUGGCUGCUGAGGACCCUGUCUGGCCUGAUUCCCCGCGCAACAAUGUUCUACGCUAUUUUGACUAUGUUUUCACAGGGGUUUUCACCUUUGAAAUGCUGAUAAAGAUGGUGGACCUGGGGUUGGUCUUGCACCAGGGUUCUUAUUUCCGGGACUUGUGGAACAUCCUUGACUUUAUUGUGGUUAGUGGUGCUCUGGUGGCCUUCGCCUUCACCGGCGGCGGGGGGAGCAGCAAGGGAAAGGACAUCAGCACGAUCAAAUCUCUGAGGGUUCUGCGAGUGCUCAGACCUCUGAAGACGAUCAAACGUCUUCCCAAACUCAAGGCUGUGUUUGACUGUGUGGUGAAUUCCCUGAAGAACGUGUUAAACAUCCUGAUCGUGUACUUGCUCUUCAUGUUCAUCUUCGCCGUGGUGGCCGUGCAGCUCUUUAAGGGACGCUUUUUUUACUGCACUGAUGAAUCCAAAGAGUUUGAGCGCGACUGCAGGGGCGAAUAUCUUGUGUAUGAACGUGAUAACGAAGUGAAGGCGCAGAAGCGGGAAUGGAAGAAGUACGAUUUCCACUACGACAAUGUGGCUUGGGCCCUUCUCACCCUCUUCACUGUGUCUACUGGAGAGGGGUGGCCGCAAGUGCUGAAACAUUCAGUCGAUGCGACUUACGAGAACCAGGGCCCGAGCCCGGGAUACCGGAUGGAAAUGUCCAUCUUUUACGUGGUGUACUUCGUGGUCUUCCCCUUCUUCUUCGUCAACAUCUUUGUGGCUCUUAUCAUCAUCACCUUCCAGGAGCAGGGAGACAAGAUGAUGGAGGAUUACAGUUUAGAAAAGAAUGAGAGAGCCUGCAUUGACUUUGCCAUCAAUGCCAGACCUCUGACGCGACACAUGCCCCAGAACAAGCUCAGCUUUCAAUACCGGAUGUGGGAGUUUGUGGUGUCGCCGCCAUUUGAGUAUACUAUCAUGGCGAUGAUCGCGCUCAACACUGUCGUGCUGAUGAUGAAGUAUGAUGGAGCAUCUGAUACCUAUGAAGCAGUGUUAGCAAACCUGAACAUAGUGUUUACCUCCCUCUUCUCCAUGGAGUGUGUACUCAAGAUCAUCGCCUUUGGAGCACUGAAUUAUUUCAAAGAUGCCUGGAAUAUCUUUGACUGUGUGACAGUUCUGGGCAGCAUCACUGACAUUCUGGUUACCGAGCUUGGGAUGAAUAAUUUCAUCAACCUAAGCUUCCUGAGGCUGUUCAGGGCAGCUCGACUCAUCAAGCUGCUGCGGCAGGGAGAAACCAUUCGCAUCUUGCUUUGGACCUUCGUUCAGUCCUUCAAGGCACUGCCUUAUGUCUGCCUCCUCAUUGCCAUGCUGUUCUUCAUCUAUGCCAUCAUUGGGAUGCAGCUCUUUGGGAACAUUGCUAUUGAAGAAGACGGCGAGAGUGCCAUCAACCAGCACAACAACUUCAGGACCUUCAUACAGGCUCUCAUGCUUCUCUUCAGGAGUGCAACAGGGGAGGCGUGGCACGACAUCAUGCUGUCAUGUCUGGGGGGUAAGGAGUGUGACCCUCUGUCAGGGAAUCCAGAGCCAGAGUGUGGCAGCCAGGUUGCCUACCUCUACUUUGUCUCCUUCAUCUUCUUCUGUUCGUUCUUGAUGCUGAAUCUGUUCGUGGCCGUCAUCAUGGACAAUUUUGAGUAUCUGACGAGAGAUUCGUCUAUACUGGGACCUCACCACCUGGAUGAGUAUGUCAGGAUAUGGGCCGAGUAUGAUCCUGCUGCCUGCGGGCGCAUUCAUUAUAAGGACAUGUACAGUUUAUUGCGAGUUAUCGACCCGCCUCUCGGCUUAGGCAAGAAAUGCCCUCAUAGGGUGGCCUGCAAGAGACUGCUUCGUAUGGAUCUGCCUGUGGCAGAUGACAACACGGUCCACUUCAACUCCACCCUCAUGGCCUUGAUCCGCACAGCCCUCGACAUCAAGAUCGCCAAGGGUACGGAAGGUGGUAUUGACAAGCAUCAGAUGGACGCGGAGCUGAGAAAAGAGAUGAUGGCAAUCUGGCCCAACCUCUCCCAGAAGGCUCUGGAUUUGCUGGUUACGCCGCACAAGUCAGCGACAGACCUGACAGUGGGCAAAAUCUACGCUGCCAUGAUGAUCAUGGAGUACUACCGCCAGAGCAAGAUCAAGCGCUCGCAGGCUCUUCGUGAUGAGCAGAAUCGAACGCCAUUACUGUUUCAGCGCGUGGAGCCACCUUCCCCUGCUCAGGACGGGGGCCCGGGACUUAACAACGCCCUUCCACCACCAGAGACAACAGACACUGUUAACAGUCUGCCAGUGGAGGGGGGGAUCCCAGAGAGCCAUUCUUGGGUGACUGCCCGUGCCCAGGAGAUGUCUCAGAAAGUUGGCAGCUGGAGUCCAGAGGGACACCCUGAGGACGGCCUAGGAAGCAUGACCAACUCUCAGACGGUAGAGAUGAGAGAGAUGGGGCAGGAUGGUUACUCGGAUACUGAGCACUUUCCACCAAUGGAAGGCCAUGGCAGGGCCGCUUCCAUGCCCCGCCUCCCAGGCGACAACCAACAGCGAAGGAGAGGGAAACAACGUGGCAGUAACCUCAGUACCAUCUGUGACAACAGUCCCAUGAAACGCUCGGCAUCAUCCCUGGGCCACAGCAGGUCUGGGCGUGGCCACAGAGACAAAGGAGGAGCGAACGACCACCACAUGGAUCGGCUCAUACCGGAGGAGGGCAGAACGUCCAGGCAUGGACACCGACGAAAAGACCGAAGCCAUCGUGCGUCUGAGCGCUCCCUCUGUCGUUACACGGAGGCUGACACAGGCCUGGGCACAGACCUGAGCACAACCACUCAGUCGGGUGACCUCACGUCCAAAGAAAGGGAUCGUGACCGAGAUCGCGGUCGGUCCAAAGACCGCAAGCAUCACCAUCACCAUCACCACCACCAUGGCUCUGUGGACAAGGAGCGCUACGUAGCAGAGCGAGGGGGCGAGUACGGGCACAAGCCCUCCCGCGACAGAGAGCAGGAUCGAGAGAGGGAGAGAGAAAGGGACCGACGCUGGUCGCGAUCGCCCAGCGAGGGUCGCGAGUGCAUGACGCACAGACAGGGCAGUAGUUCGGUCAGCGGAAGUCCUGUCCCCUCAACCUCGGGGACCAGUACGCCACGUCGAGGGCGUCGACAGCUGCCUCAGACACCUGCAACACCCAGGCCCCAUGUAACUUACUCCCCUGUGGUCCGUAAGGCCAUACCCACACCGCCCGGGGGGCCACAGAGCAGACCCCAAGCCCCUCGCCGCUUUUCUCCUGAGCCUCCCCAAGGCCAGGGACCUCCCCAUUCCGCUCCACCUCUGGCCCACCAUGGCAAUGUCCGCCAGGGUCAUCAUCCCCCACCUCGUUGGGGAGACACAGGUGGUGGUGGGGGCUCCAUAGAAGGGGAUGGCUGCUUCCACAACCAGGACUAUCAGGAGUACGAGCCCCACCAUGAACCACCUGCCUAUGAGCAGAGCGCCAUACAGGGUGGCAACCCUCAUCCACACACACUGAUAAACCACCCACUGCCACCACCUCAACAGCCACAUAACCCCCAGCCCCUCCCUCCACCCCAGACACACCCUGUAAACAACCACCCCCCUCAUCCCGCACCACACCCACAGCCCAGUCGCACCUCUCCCAGGACUGCCCACCAUGCACCUCCUCCCACCACUGCCCUCACUGGGCCCAUACAGGGCCAGGUGCAACCAGCUGCCCAGAGACGCCUCCCCAACGGCUAUCGUUCCUCAUCACCUUCAACACAUCUACAUGGACCCCCACAUACUGGGCCUCACAAGGUCCCCCCUCCAGCUGGGCAUCCCAGGGGCCCCCGCAAGGGCCUGCAUGAACCCUACAGCGAGACGGAGGACGAUGACUGGUGCUAGCCUCUAGGGAAGGGGGAGGGGCAUAAGGAGUUAAAAAAAACAAAAAACGAACUAAAAGAUGGUUCGAAAGAUGGAAAAGGAAAGCUCUCAGCCAGAGCACAGACUGACUUUUACAUUAUUCUGUAUUCAAUUUUUCCUCCACUGCUUGGCUUGUCCCGGGGAUGGUGGGCUAGAUACGGAGAUAGGUGUCAGGAUGAAGGGAUGGAACAAGAAUGCUGAGGCAGGAUCUGGAGAAACAUGGUGUGAGAGGAGGUCACAAAGCACCUCCAUGUUCUGCUUGUGUUGUUGUUGCAUUCAUCUCUUGAUGCCAAAUAAGACCAACCUCAAAGUAGUCUUUAAGGAUUGCAAGCAGAAGGGGUGAUGAACACUUGUCUCUGUGUGUCUUAAAUUAUGCCUCUGGCAAUGAGCUACAGCCACUUACAAGAUGUCAAGAGUUGCGACUCGACAAAAGACACUUUACAGUCAGAGACGAGAUUUUUUUUCCUCAAAGCUAACUUCAGUUCGGUUAGCUGCAAAAAAAAAAAAGAAAAGAGAAUCAAAUCCAACCCUCUCAGCCACCAGUUGAAUAUUGAUGAGUUUUAUCAUCUGUGUUUUUAAGUAAGAACAAAACUGACAAGGAGCCUUCCACCUGUAUGAGGUGAGAAGGCCAAGUGGGUGGGAGAGUUGGGGAUUGUUGCACGGGGUUGACAAGUCCUUCAGUCAAAAUCUAGUGCACAGGACGGGGUGUUUUAGGGAUGUUUACCCCUGUCCUUGGAGAACACUCUCCUCCCAGAAUCCAUUUAACCAACCUCAACCAAUGACCUAUAAGAGAAGAAAAACAAAAAUGUUGUGGUGGUCAGAAACAAAAAAACAAAACCAACAACUGUUUUCUGCAGUAUUUCUUCUAUUCCUGCAGCUGCUUCUUCUUCUUCCUCCUCCUCCUCCUCCCCUUCCUCCUCUUCUACUUCUUCAAAACAUUGAAGCUUGAAUCUUCUGUUGCACCCCACACACGCUUCGUUUCUUAGACUUGCAGAGUUGUACACCCUGUGGAAUACUGCAUGAAUGGUACAAAAAAUAUAUAUAUUAAUAGCAACAAUGAAAAUCUACUGUAUGUGGGGCGGGCGGGUG